AUGAGUCUUCCCCGAAAGACCGUUACCGAAGUAAAUUGGAACGGAGCCAUCAUACCCCCUAAGACAAUGAUCUUGGUCAACGCACAAGCCGGAAAUCAUGGUGCGUCACUCUCUUCCCAAGUGACUGAAGGUUUCUUAGUCUUACUGACGUUGUGCAAGAUGUUGGACAUUUUGGUGAUGAUGCCGGUCAUUUCGAUCCCGAGCGGUGGCUUGAAAGUCUUGAUCCCCCGUCAGAAAAGGAGAUCUCAGGCGUCGGUCACCUCAGCUUUGGAUUGGGUUCCCGCGGCUGCUCCGGGCAGUACAUCGCCCAGCGUCUACUAUAUGCGGCCUUGGUGCGGCUGCUAUCUUCGUACAAGAUUGUUGCAAGCGAAGAAGAACCUCCGAAUACUGACUAUGUCGAGUAUAACUAGUUCAAGACGGCUUUGGUGGCGAUCCCGAAGGAUUUCAAGGUAA